GUGUCUCCUAUCUGCAUCUGCUCAUCACAUUCUUCCUCCCUCUGUCUCCCUCGCUCUCUGCUGGCCCAGCUUGGUUUCCUCUGCGUGGCUGACCUGAGCGGACUUUUUCGAGCGAGUGUGGUGAGAGGAGAAAGAGGAAGACAAAGAGUUGGCCCAUGCGAGCAGCGUGUGGACUGAGUGCAGCUGUUUCGUUUAGAGAAGAGCCCAACAUGUGAGAAGAUGUCUGUUGGAGGUUGUGCUUGUCCCGGCUGUUCGUCAAAGUCAUUCAAGCUGUACUCUCCUAAGGAGCCCCCCAACGGCGGCAGCUUUCCCCCCUUCCACCCAGGCGCUAUGCUGGACAGAGAUGUGGGGCCUACACCCAUGUACCCCCCCUCAUACAUGGAGCCUGGAAUGGGGAGACCCACACCGUAUGGGAACCAGACAGAUUACCGGAUAUAUGAGCUGAACAAAAGAUUACAGAACUGGACAGAGGACUGUGACAAUCUCUGGUGGGAUGCCUUCACCACAGAGUUUUUUGAAGACGAUGCUAUGCUCACCAUUACUUUCUGCCUGGAAGAUGGUCCCAAACGAUACACCAUUGGCAGAACGUUGAUUCCUCGGUACUUCAGAAGUAUCUUUGAGGGGGGUGCCACUGAGCUCUUCUAUGUUUUGAAGCAUCCAAAGGAGUCCUUCCAUAGUAACUUUGUGUCUCUUGAUUGUGACCAGUGCACCAUGGUGACCCAGAAUGGCAAACCUAUGUUUACACAGAUUUGUGUUGAGGGCCGCCUGUACCUAGAGUUUAUGUUUGAUGACAUGAUGAGGAUCAAGACGUGGCACUUCAGCAUCAGGCAACACAGAGAGGUCCUACCAAGGAGCAUUUUGGCUAUGCAUGAUCCCCAGAUGCUCGAUCAGCUGGCUAAAAAUAUCACCAGAUGUGGGCUGUCCAACUCCACGCUCAACUACCUCCGUCUAUGUGUGAUAUUGGAACCCAUGCAAGAGUUGAUGUCUAGGCAUAAAACCUAUAGUUUGAGCCCGAGAGACUGCCUGAAGACUUGCCUCUUCCAAAAGUGGCAAAGAAUGGUAGCACCUCCAGCUGAGCCCGCCAGACAAGCUCCAAACAAGCGGCGGAAAAGGAAGGUGUCCGGCGGGAGCACCGUGAGCUCUGGCGGAGGCAACAAUAACAACAGCAACAGCAAAAAGAAGAGUCCAGCCAACAGCUUUUCACUCUCCAGCCAGGUACCUGACCUGGUUGGAACAAAAACCUGUACAGUGCCGGAGCUUGAGGACCGGAGUUGAGAACCACUACGCUAAAUCUUAAACACACACACACAAACACUGACAGACACAUGCCCACACCCACACCCACAACCAGUGCACACACUAACACAGCCACCUUACACCUUCAGCAUAAAACAUUAAGGUACUGGAGAGGUGGUAUGCAGCGUGUCUGGACCAGAUCACCAGACGCUAACAGAAGUGUGUUUUUAUUUUCAAUGGUUUAGACUUAUUUUGAUUUUUUUUUUUUUUUUAAACUUUUUUUUUGUAAACAAUUUCUUAAAAUAAACAGACAAGCAAGCAAACAAAAAAAAAAAAACACCCCAAAAUAUUCUUUGCACUGUUUUCCACUAUUAACGGCAAUCUAUUUUUCUUAUGAAUUGACGGUGUAUUUUUUUCUUUUCUAUUAUUGCUAAUGUAAGAACUGUAAACAUCUGAAACCUGCAGUAUAUUAAUGUAGAAAUAUUUGCUGUUAGAUCAUUCUUAUUGUGAUGGUAAUAACUUUCAUGUAAGUCUAUCCUUGAUAUGUCCUCCAUCUGUCUCAGGCAUCCCGCUAUCAUCAAGCCCUUUGGCUUCAGUGCUAAAACAGGCUGGGGACAACAGGGCCAGUGUUUAAUUGUGAGAUCUGAAAAGCAUACUGGAAACCAGUUUCCCCAGCUAAAUUGCCAUCAAGCACCUGGUUCACAUCUGUUGUCUUAUCAUUGCAGAACUGUUUGCUUUGUCUUCAGAUCUCUAUAUUGGGGGGGAGGGUCCUCUAUUCAAAGAAUAUAAUUACAGAAAUCAAAUUUGCUACUCAAAAAUAUUUUAAAAACAAGUUUUGAUGGGGUUGUAAAAUAAGAAAGACUUUUGUAUUAACUUAAGCUUCCCAGAAAUGUUUUUAAGUACAAUUAAGAAAGCUGCAGACCAAGGAGCUACAUGUAAAGAUUCUUAUACUGUUUAAACGGCGCUGUUUUAUGUUAUAUAAUGAAUCAUUUGUUGGGCUUUACUCCUCAUGUUUGUGUCUGUGCUUGUAUAUUUUUAGGUAGCAAUUUCUGUAAAAGUUAUUCUAUGUAUUCCUCCCUAGAACUAUGAGAUACUCAAUCUAAUGUAAAGAGAUGAAAAGCCUCUUAAAUACUUUUUUUUUUUUUUUUUUUUUAAACGUGAUUUUUAAUGGUACAAUCACUGAUAAAAAGAAUUUUUGCCCUCAUUUUAGCAAACUGUAUUUAUUUUUCUAUGUACUGAUGUUCUGUUUAGGUUGAACCCACCUGUACAAUAUUCAUGAUGAUAUAUGGAGGAAUUUGUGGGGCUGCUGAGUCAGUUAAUGCCAAUAGAGGUCAUUCUGUUGUGUUUUUUGAGAUAAAGUUCCGAGGCCGUUCUGUUGGUUCAGUAUUAUUGAGGAGAAAUUUAAAUGCCAUUGAUAUUGUGGAAGUGUCAGAUGUAUUUGAAAACUAAUAAAUGGCAACAUUGAGA